AAUGCCGGGAGGCGGUCAUUGGUGAAUCAAGCUGUCUGCAGUAACGUCAGGAGAUUAGUGAAUCGCAUCUGGAAUGCGAGUUUGAUUCACAAAGGCAAGAGAGGGAGACAAAGCCACCGCGCAGAAGAUACGCACACCGGACUGCCACAUCCCGCACAGACAUGAAGGGAGAGCAUUUAUUUGCCAACAUGAGAAGCGUUCCAUUCCUCCAGCGGGUUUACCUCCUAGGAGGGGAAGAGCUGGUAGUCCUGCAGUCCACAAUGGGAGAGUCCUCACUGGGAGACAGUUUCCAACAAAUCACCGACUUCAAUGAUCUCCCCACGUCCCUCUUCGCCUGCAACGUGGACCAAUCAGUAUUUGAAGACCAUGAGGGCAAGGAAAUGUUCGAAGCGCUCUUCCUCGCGUACGAUGAGGGUGUGACAUUCCAGCAGUUUAAGAGCUUCCGACGUGUACGAAUCAAUUUCAGUAACCCCAAAGCAGCAGCCAGCGCUAGAAUAGAGCUGCAUGAGACACCUUUCAGAGGAAAGAAACUUAAACUCUACUUUGCCCAGGUGCAGAAUCCAGCAUCCGAAGGAGACAAUUUGCACCUGGCUCCUCCCCAGCCUUCCAAACAGUUCCUCAUCUCUCCUCCUGGCUCACCUCCAGUUGGCUGGCAACAGAUUGACGAGGCCACACCAGUUAUUAACUACGACCUGCUUUAUGCAGUUGCCAAGCUUGGCCCAGGUGAGAAGUUUGAGCUACAUGCAGGCACAGAGUCUACGCCCAGCGUGGUGGUCCACGUCUGUGACAGCGACACGGAUGAGGAGGAGGAACCAAAGAACAACCCUAAACCAAAAAUCAUCCAGACCCGACGCCCAGACCUGCCAGUCUCACACUGAACUCUACAGCUCCACACAGAGUCAGGAGGAUUUAUCCCCUCCACCAUCUCCUUCACAGGACCUCUGCCACCCUCCUUCAGAACCUUAUUAAACACACAAGCAGGGUCUGAGGGACUCUGAUCUGUGUUUCUCGUUCAGCACACACAUGUAUACAAUACUCGAUGUGCUGUCACACAAUUUUUUUUUUUUUAUGUUGCAAUACUCUGUGUUAAAUAUGGCCGCUCUCUGUAACUCUUUCCCAAUCUGACUCUGUUGUAAUGUCAUCUGAUCACCAGUUAGAGGCAGCAUGUACCCAUCCCUGCUCUCACCUACAUUUCUGAUUGGCUCCUGGGCCGUGGCACAUGAUAGUGUCAGAUGUGCCUACUGGCUGAUAGCUGGCCACUUGGCUUUGCUCUUGCACCACAACUCAUGUACCAUUUGUACCCAGCAAGCCAUUAAUAAUAUAAUGUUCUUCAUAAGGGCAUGCCUGCCACUAAAUGUGGCUGAACACCAGCGCUGCAUGUGGCACCCCUAGAAAUAUAUCUUGCCUAACUAAUUUCUGUCAAAUAACCCUAGUAUGGCAAAAACAGUUCACUUUUGCAUAGCAAAAAGAGCAGACCGCAAGAAGUGUUCUCUUCAGGCCAGUGCAUGUUCUGGUAGCAAACUGUACGUUAUUAUUUUCCGCUGUGUAUAAUUGUCUAUGUGCCCCGCCAACAGUGUUCUUACAGAAAAACGACGCUUUUCCGAACGAUAAGCUGACAUUUUGAUCGCACCUUUCAAUGGAACCUAUAUGAGUUGCUUCCUCAAUGUGAAUAUUUUUUGUCGUGCUUGUGCCCUUUUCGAGAUGGAAACCUUUUUUUUUUUUUUCUGUAAGCUCCCACUACAGAUUAAUGACAUCAAUGGGUAAUCAGAUGUCAUUUAAUGAAAUCUGUAUUAUGCAUGGUUACUCCUUUCUAGAAUUUAAUGUAGUUGUCCCAAAAGCAUAGCUCUCCUCAUUGUCUGUGAGACUUCAUUCGCACACAAGUUCAUCUCUAAUCAUGUCAAAGAAAUUGUGUAGGAUGCUACUGAGACAGAUCUUCCAAGUGCUAUUACACAGUGGGUAACAAAAAGCAAAUGUUAUGAGGGUGAUGUCGACCUUUCUUAUUCAAUCAGUAUCUUUUUGGUGUGCCUAACUCAUUUACGGAUUAUUAAGCUAAAAAACAAACAUCUAUUUAUAUAUCCAAAGUACAUAACAUCAAGGCAUGCACAUACCAUAUCCGUAGAUUUGAGUCACAAAGGCACUAUACCCGAGUAGUUGUCAAACGCACCACGAGAAAGCAUUAGUUAGUUAUGGUUAUAUUAUUUCUUCCAAAAUUAUAUAAAUGAAGCUCAUCCCGGACAGUCCAUCAACACUGUGAUGUGUCAUUACUGUGAUACUUGACUGACGCCCUAUGUUGAAGUAUUAUUGUACGAGUAUGUUGUAAAUUUAAGGAGCUUAUCAGGCUUAAACAUCUGAUGUUCAGUGUUCACUACUUGAGGGCGGUAGCCACAACCAUUUUUCCUCAAAUCUCUGUUGAACUGAAUUGUUCUUUGGUCCAAAUGCUGUUGGUUUGCGACUCAUCUGUCUGUGUCCAUUAGCCUGAAAGAAUGUAGAAAUAAUACACCCCAUCCGCGUGAAGCAGUGACUCUUUCACUGUUCUGGAAACAGGGUACUUACUGCUCUCUUUUGACAUCACCGUCUGACACACAGAUGUUUCCUUAUGCUACCGCAGCCUCAAGCCUUAUUUGAUUUAGUUAGCAGUGCACACUCUGGUCCGCUUCUCUGAAAAAAAAAAAAAAGGCAUAGGAU